AUGAUCGCAUCACGAUCUCCGAUGGAGCUGCCCUCGGCAUGUGCGGGAUCAACCGCAGGGAAACCAGCCAAUCGCGCUGCGCCAAGAGCACGGUCCCUGGACAGCCCGCCCACUCCGUUUUUCCCACACACAAACCGCGACGCAUCGCCCACCACCAUUACCACCACCUCCUCCAGCAUCAUCAUCCUCCCGACCCGCGCACUCAAUUGCGCAACAGCAGCAGUGGUGCGUUCCGUUUAUCUGGCGCAGAAUCCGUGGCCAGAUAUUUUGCACAACUCACCAUCAGCUGCGCUGCAUGACAUCCCCAGCGACAACUCCGUUGGAACCCGUGGUAUCGAUAUGGAGGCAUUAUCCCCUAGAGACGCGAAUGCCCAACGAAUGCCUCGAGGAAACGAGCUGAAGGCGAAGGCAGCUGCCCAGCUCAAGUCAGCUCGGGAAAAGGAGCACCCGCCUCCUCCACCUGCCGACGUGAUCGAGCCCCCAAGCUCCGACCGCAAAGACGGCGUUGUAUACCAUGUAGGAAAAUUGCUCGGAAAGGGUGGCUUUGCCAUCUGCCACGAGGCCCGGCCCUCGGGCUCGUCGAAGCGCAUUGCGCUCAAAAUCGUCAAGAGCAAGAUGCCAACUAAGAUGGAACAAAAGUUUCAAACCGAACUGCAAAUCCACUCCAAGAUGCGUCACCAGAACAUUGUCCAGUUCCACCGGGCGUUUACUUUCCAGAAUUGCACGUACCUGGUUCUGGAACUCUGCCCCAAUGGCUCUCUGAUGGAUAUGGUAAAGCGCCGUAAGGGUAUCACAGAGGCUGAAGUCCGCUACUACACUGUUCAGAUCGCCGGUGCCAUUAAAUAUAUGCACGCAAAGGGUAUCAUUCAUCGCGACCUGAAGAUGGGUAACAUCUUCCUGGACAAGCACAUGAACGCCAAGAUUGGCGAUUUCGGCCUCGCUGCUCUGCUCCUCACUGGCAAGGACAUGCAAGUCAUGCGCCGCACCACUCUCUGCGGCACACCAAACUAUAUUGCUCCGGAGAUUCUCGAGAAGGGGAAGAAGGGCCAUGACCAUAUGGUGGACAUCUGGAGCUUGGGAAUCAUCGUGUUUGCCAUGAUCACCUCUAAGCCCCCGUUCCAGUCCUCGACAACAGACGAGAUCUACCGCCGCGCGAGAGAUCGGGACUACGAAUGGCCUUCUAGCGACCAAAAGCACGUUAGCCAGGAGGUUAAAGACCUCGUUGCCGCCAUGUUACAAGACGCCGACAAGAGACCGGAUCCCGACACCAUUGUUGGCCAUUCGUUUUUCACCGCUGGCUAUAUGCCUGAAGCCUCAGAAAUGACUCCAAAGCUGCGCGAAUUUCCCCCAGAGAACCCGGCAUUUUACGAUCCCCCUGCCGACCCGGAAUCACAGGCCAAGAAUCUGCAGCGGGUGAAGAACCUUGCCCGCGAGUGCGGCGUUGGUCCGUGGUCGGAAUCGAAGUUGGUGUUCAAGAACAUUUGGAGAGAGAUGGCAGAGGAGGAACAGAAUGGCUUGACACCGGUGAUUCCUCUUGCUGAGGGCGUUGUCUACCGUCCAUUUGACGAGAUCAAGGCCGAGCAGAAGGCCGCCCGGUUGGCGGGUCAGCAUGCAGCUCAACACACGUUCGAGCUGCCUGAUCGGACCAGAGAAGCCAAGAGCUCUGCGACCGACUCGAGCCAGUCUUUAAAGCCUUCAUCAUUGCUCCGCGCACCACCGCAGAGCUUCGCAGCUCAACAAAGAGCCCAGCAUAGACCAACUUCUACCAUCGGUGUCACCCGCUCUCAGACAUCCAACGAGGAUGUCGCAGCGCCUUCACGGAAGACGGCUGAAGAAGCCGUCAGGUCAUCUCGAUCAGCAGAACAAGCCGAGGAUCUCACAUCGACGCGCCGCUCUUCAGAUGAGUCGGCGCCUAGCGCAAGAUCGUCAACUCGCAGUUUGCGAAGCCAAACGUCAUCUUCGAAAAGCCAGUCAACACUCACGUCCGACACUACCGCCUCUCAGCAAUCGGUGCGCCGCACUACCUCAACCAAAGAAACUAAAGGGCAGAGGCUUUCUCUCUUCAGUCCCACAGAGUACCAGGAAAAAAUUCCUGGCACUGAACCCGAUGCUGUCCUGGAGCGCCUGAAGAAGCUCCAAGCCGAGCUUGAGAGAGCUCUUAAUUCACGCAGUAUGGCCAUAAUCUCCUCGAGAGAAAAGACCCCAUCUCCCCCACAGAUCGUGGUCAAGUGGGUUGACUACACCAACAAGUUUGGCUUGGGAUAUGUUCUGAAUGAUGGGAGCGUCGGAUGCAUUCUCAAGAACAUCCCGGCGGUAGAAGGUGGCAAGUCCGGCUAUCUUCCUCCGUCUUGUGUGCUGGUCCACGAUGCCGAGCGACAUUGCUUGCGCAAGGAGGAACCGGGAUACAAGGACCGCCACCAGAUCAUUCCCAUGACUGGAAGCAUCUAUUUCUACGAGAACAACGGUGAGGAGGGUUUCUCGCGGGUCCGAGUGCCCGCGGAGACUUUCAAGGUGCCCAUCAACCCCGAUGGGACUGUUGGAAAGCUAUCAGCCGGUAGGGAUAUCUACGACCACAGGAAGCGUGAGAGGCUUGUUCUGUGGAAGAAAUUUGCCAAUUACAUGAUUUCCUAUGGGCGAGAGAUGGACGGGCUGUUGGAGGACGACCCCAAGGCUCCCACCAUCACAGACCCCACUGCCCCUCCAGCCGAUGUCGUUACAUUCUACCAGCGGUUUGGCGAUGUCGGCUGCUGGAUGUUCUGCGACGGGCACAUGCAGUUCAACUUUCCAGAUCACACAAAGAUUGUUCUUGAUCCGACCGGGACAUGGUGCCACUUCUGGCACCUCCCCGAAGCUGCAGCCAUCGAACUCUCGAAGACUGGUGUGCUUGCAGAGUCUGCUCUCGAUGGUCGCGCUGUUUUGUCCUACCCGCUCCAGACCCUUCUCAACUUCAACCGACCUUCCUCUUCUUCGACCACGUCGUCCCGCCGCCGACCCGAAAUCCACCCUUCCUUGCAAAAUGUUCCUGCUGCCAACCACUUUCGUGAGAAGGUCAUCUUUAUUCGCGAUGUUAUCCGUGAAUGGACUGCCAAUGGCGGCAUCGGCAAUAGCGACUUGAGCCGAGAACGCCGCCUCCGCUGGCUCGGCGCCCGUGAGACUACCAACGUUCAGAUUCCAGCCAAGCAUGUCUGGGUCACGAUCGGCGCGAGAUGGGGCGACCGCAGGUUUAGUUCAUGGGUAGAUCCGCGGAAACCCGGUGAGAUCGGCGAGGAUAUUGAUGAGAGCGCAGGCUCAUCAGCAACGAAGAAGAGAACAUGA